AUGACAUGCAUGUUCAUCUUUCCAAGAAUUAAAUAUCGGGACCAUUUUGUUCGCGAUGGACCUGCAGAUUGCAUCGGUGCUGGCAACAAGAGUGGCUGGAUGACUGGGGUUGAGUUCAGAAUUUUUAUGCAACAUUUUAUCAAGAGUGUAAAACCAUGUCCAUCAAAUCCUGCGCUACUAUUACUGGACAAUCAUUCAUCACAUUUGGAUAUAGAAGUUGUUGAGAUGGCUAAAGACAACAAUGUGGUGUUGCUGUCCUAUCCACCACAUUGUUCUCAUAAGCUUCAGCCGUUGUAUGUUGGGGUAUAUGGACCAUUUAAAAAUUAUUAUGCUAGUCAACAAGAUGCUUGGAUGCGAAAUCAUCCGGGUAAAACCAUGACUAUCUACAAUAUUCCAUCAAUA